UCUGCUCCUCCCUUGCACAAACUUUCCCUUCCCUGCGCCUGGCUCCCUGCGCGGAUUCCGGAGCCAGCCGCGCUCCCCGCAUUCCUGCUGCCCCUGUCACCCCCACCGGCUCCGGCACCCCCUGCUCGCCCGCGGCCGGCCGAGCGCUCCGGAGCACGGGGCAGGUUGUCGAGUUGCCAUUUGGGGCUCAGGGUCGGAGCCCAGAGCAGCCAUCACAAUAGCGUCCAACAGCUGGAACGCCAGCGGCAGCCCCGGGGAGGGGCAGGAAGAUGGACAGGAGGGAAUGGACAAGAGUCUGGACAAUGAUGCCGAGGGGGUGUGGAGUCCAGACAUCGAGCAGAGCUUCCAGGAGGCACUGGCGAUCUACCCCCCCUGCGGCCGGCGGAAAAUCAUCCUCUCGGACGAAGGCAAGAUGUACGGUCGCAAUGAAUUGAUAGCGAGAUACAUCAAGCUCCGGACGGGGAAAACACGGACGAGAAAACAGGUCUCUAGCCACUUGCAGGUUCUAGCCAGACGGAAAUCUCGCGAGAUUCAGUCCAAGCUGAAGGCCAUGAACUUGGACCAGGUCUCGAAGGACAAGGCCCUUCAGAGUAUGGCCUCCAUGUCAUCCGCACAGAUAGUAUCCGCCAGCGUCCUGCAGAACAAACUCAGCCCUCCUCCUCCUCUUCCUCAGGCGGUCUUCUCUGCUCCCCCCAGGUUUUGGAGCGGGUCUAUCCCAGGACAGCCUGGACCCUCUCAGGACAUUAAACCAUUUGCACAACCAGCCUACCCCAUCCAGCCACCAAUGCCUCCAUCACUAGCCAGUUACGAGCCCCUGGCUCCUCUCCCACCGGCUGCCUCAGCCGUGCCCGUCUGGCAGGACCGCACCAUCGCCUCCGCCAAGCUGCGGCUCCUGGAGUAUUCAGCGUUCAUGGAGGUGCCGCGGGAUGCUGAAACGUAUAGCAAACACCUCUUCGUGCACAUCGGGCAGACGAACCCCUCAUACAGCGACCCCCUGCUGGAGGCCGUGGACAUCCGUCAAAUCUAUGACAAGUUCCCUGAGAAGAAGGGGGGCCUGAAGGAGCUCUACGAGAGAGGACCCCAGAACUCCUUCUUCCUUGUCAAGUUCUGGGCGGAUCUGAACAGCACGAUCCAGGACGGUCCUGGGACCUUCUAUGGCGUGAGCAGCCAGUACAGCAGCGCAGAGAACAUGACCGUCACUGUCUCCACCAAGGUGUGCUCCUUUGGGAAGCAAGUCGUCGAGAAGGUAGAGACAGAGUACGCACGGCUGGAGAAUGGCCGGUUUGUCUAUCGAAUCCAUCGAUCCCCCAUGUGCGAAUACAUGAUCAACUUCAUCCACAAACUCAAGCAUCUCCCGGAGAAGUACAUGAUGAACAGCGUCCUGGAGAAUUUCACCAUCCUGCAGGUUGUUACGAAUAGGGAUACCCAGGAAACCUUGCUCUGUAUAGCCUUUGUUUUUGAGGUAUCCACCAGCGAGCAUGGCGCCCAACACCACGUGUACAAGUUGGUCAAAGACUAGAGGCCCUGUGGGAUGGGUGGGGCUUGGGGGGGGGGGGAGAGGCCUUUGCAGAGAAGCUGCCCAUGCAGGAUGCCUCGGUGGAAGUCUUUUGAAAACGAGAAAAAGAAAAGCCAAAAAGACUGACUCACAAUCAAAGAUGUUUUCUACUUAGGAACAAUUUUUUUUAAAAAAAGAAGAAGAAGAAACCAUAGAGCGAAAGGAGGGGCUCAUCCAGAGCUGGAAGGGGAAAGACUUGGCCUUCGUCGUUCCUGAGGCCUACCGCCUGUGUGCCUUUCUCAGCAUGCCGUCCUA